GGCCCCUCUGGGAAGUUCGUUAGGAAGGAGGAGGUGGCUGCCGCGAUUACUGGGAGGUCCCGGAGGGCGGGGCGGGGGCGGGGCGGCGGAGGCGGAAGCGACCGCGGCAGCGGAAGGAGGCGGGGAGAAGGAGGAGGAGGAGGAGAAGGAGAAGGAGGAGGAAGAAAAACAGCCACUUUGGGAGGAGGAGGAGGCGGCGGCCGCGGCGACCGAAGGAACGAGACAAGAUGGCGGCGCUGGGGGCGCCCCGGGCCCGUACCUGGACCCCGCGGCUUCUGGGGCCUCCGCUCCUGCUGCUGCUGGUGGCGGCGCUGGGCCUGCCCCGGGCCGCCGGGGCUGCCUCGGCCGAGGCCUUCGACUCGGUGCUGGGCGACACGGCAUCCUGCCACCGAGCCUGCCAGCUGACCUACCCCCUGCACACCUACCCCAAGGAAGAGGAGUUGUAUGCCUGCCAGAGAGGCUGCAGGCUGUUUUCAAUUUGUCAGUUUGUGGAUGAUGGAAUUGACUUAAAUCGGACCAAACUGGAGUGUGAGUCUGCUUGCACAGAGGCGUAUUCCCAGCCUGGUGAGCAGUACGCUUGCCAUCUGGGCUGCCAGAGUCAGCUGCCAUUCGCCGAGUUGAGACAGGAACAACUCAUGUCCCUGAUGCCCAGAAUGCAUCUGCUUUUCCCUUUGACGCUGGUGAGAUCAUUCUGGAGUGACAUGAUGGACUCCGCACAGAGCUUCAUAACUUCUUCAUGGACUUUCUAUCUUCAGGCCGAUGAUGGGAAAAUUGUAAUCUUCCAGUCUAAACCAGAAAUUCAGUAUCCGGCCCAGGUGGAUCGGGAUCAUUCUCCACAUGGGAAAAAUGCACCGUUAAAGAAAAUGGCCGAUCCACAGCCAGCAGGCUCUCAAGCCCCCAGAGGCUAUUUUGAAGAUGGAGAAAGCGACAGCUUUUUCAAAUGCCUGUCUCUGAAUUCUGGCUGGAUUGUGACCAUCACCCUGGUGCUCUCAGUGCUGGUGUUACUCUGGAUCUGCUGUGCCACUGUUGCCACAGCGAUGGAGCAGUACGUCCCACCAGAGAAGCUGAGCAUCUAUGGAGACUUGGAGUUCAUGAAUGGACAGAAGCUUCCCAAGUGUCCACCUUCUUCCCUUGUGGCGCUUCAAUGCCAGGCUGAGGAGCGUGAAGAAGCUGGGCCUCUCCCUGCCAAAGUGAAUCUUGCUCAUUCAGAAAUCUAACGUUUUUUAAAGAAAAAUUAAUUUAAUAGACAUUCUAACUUUCCGUUCCUGGUGUGGCUUUUUUAAUUGGUUUCUUUGGAUAUGGGGAUUAGGAAAUUAGCUAUAAAAUGCAAAUAAAGUUACCGAUCUGGGACUUCACUGUAUGUUCUCUAGUAAUUGAAGAGAUAUGGACAUCUGAGAUCUUGUGUCUUAUUAUCUGUAACUGCUUUUUCAUCGAUGUUUGCAAUGUGCUUAUAUCGCUCCCUUGACUCAAUUCUGUAAGCAUGUCCUCUUGCCCUCGGACCUUCUACCUUGAUCCUGGCAAUCACCUUAAUUAAUAGAAGGUAUGUGAUAGGAUACAAUGUCAGUGCUCAGAAAUGGCUCCAUAAACAUGUGAUUGGAAAUUAAAAGUCAGCAUGAGGAGCCUUUCUGAGGCCCUUCAUUUUCAGUUGUAGUGAGCUGAUGUCAUUAAAGUUUUAUUUGUAUCACUGUGCAUAAAUGUUGUGUUAAUACAUCACAGACUCCCAGUGUUUUCCAGGGUUGAAAGAAAUAUUUUGCCUGUCUCUGUCCCAGCAGCAUAUGAAUAACAUGAAAGGAGGGUGCUAUAAGCGUGGGAUAACAAGGCGGUGGCUUAAACCUGCCCACUUUGAUUGGAGAGGAAAGUUUGCCAAAGAACCAUUUUCUAGUUGUAAAAGGCCUUUCGAGUGUACAGAGUUCAUGCUGGGAGGGACCUGCCUGGGCCAUCUCUUCUCCAGAGGUUUGGUCCUCGGGCAGUACUGACUGUGUCAGGUGGCAGACUGAGACUCUUGGGGAAAAGGCAUCUCCAGUCUCCUUACAUGUUGAUUGACUUUGCCUUGGCGCCUAAGAUCCUGGCCAAAGGGGUCAUCCUCCCAUUUUGCAGCCUGAGGCCAGCUUUCAGACGCCAGAUUAGGUCUUGUAAAGUGCUAACUAAGCAGGCCAGGUUUCUGGCAGUUCCAAAUUAGAGGCUAGUGAUUUAGAAUAAACUGCUGUGUCCUAGCCACUCAAUUACAAAGCAGUGUGGGCCAUGUAUCCUAUGGAAGGGGAAGUCCAGCCUCUGGUGUGGUUGGAAGUGGUAAAGAGUUUGCAGAAAGGGACUUUGAAUCUAUCCACGCCCCCUCUCACCCUGCCUCUGGGGAGGAAAUAGCCCCAAGAGAAGUGACCUGCCCCUCAUGGUCCUGGGCUUAGGGGCUGACUCCAAAUCCAGCUGUGGUUCUUGUUUGAUUGUUAGCGCCUCAGCCCUAAAUCAUGCCUGAACUCAUUGAAAAACCUUGUGUGACUCAAAACUUAAGAGCAAGAGUAUGGGAGGCAAUUUGGUUUCUAUGCAGCUACAUAUACAUACAUACAUACAUACAUAUAUUAUGUAUGUAUAUUUUAUAUAUAUAUAUAUAUAUAUAUAUAUAUAUAUAUAUAUAUAUGAAUUCCUCUUGAGGCUCAUAAAAUGUGAGUAUUCAAAGGGACACGUGGAUAGAAAUUGUGACCCAUCUCUGUGUGCAGUUUCUUAGCUAAACCAACCCAGAGAAGUAAGAACCUGUCUUGGGACUUGGCCAAUAUACUAUCAGAGUAACUUCCUCUCUUUCAUUCCCACCAGGUUGUUCUUUCUCUGGGUUUCAAGAAUGCUCAUGAAUGUGUUUAUUUUCCAUGACUUCUGCGGUCACAUGACAUCAGUGUAGCUUGUCCUCCAUCUCUCUUGCUCUAUAGACCUCCUUCUAGAACCCUGGUCAAGUGAAGCUUUAUUCCAACCUCACCACCAUUGUUGAAAUUGUCCUUGCAAGACAUAUCUAGCCCAGCCUCCCACCUGUCACAGGCAUCCCCUCUGCAUGCUCUCUACCCUGACCACAUCACACUGCUUCCCACAUCAAGGGCUGAGUUCCUGGGCUCACCAGGUGGCCUAUCCGAUGCCAUUCUUCCAGAAAAUCUUAUUCUUUUGACCACACUAAUUCAUCUCUGUUGAGCAGGCAUUUCAAAUGUGAAGGACAAUAUUUGAAACAAUUCUUCAUAAUUCAAGAAGAGCAGUUUUUGGUUUUAUAUCAACCCUUUAGCUACUCCACCUGUUAAAGUGUCUGUCUCUAGUACAGAUGAAGGCCCAGCUCAUGUACCGUGGUACAUAGUGCUUUUCCCCCAAGAGUCCUCUAGUGGGAGCAGUACAGAUGUUAGUAGGGGCAUCAUCACUUAUCUGUGGUGAUACAUGUAAACACAUAACUAGUAUGUAAAAAGAACCCUGAAUUGAGCCAACGUCUCUUGAAACCCCUAGGAAUGAUUAUGUUAAUGUUUAGACCUGAACUCAUCCAUUUCUGACUUUAGGGUAUUUCUGAAGGGUCCUUGCAGAGAACAGCUAAUCUGUUUUGGAUACCUAUAUCUAGGUUAGUAGGCCAUUGGCAAAAUAGAAAGUUUAGGAUCCUUCUAGUCUCCUUCUAAAUUCUGUUUUUCACUCUUACAUGUAUUUCCAAGGUGCUCAGCGCUUCCCCCUAGCCCUCGCCAUUUUUCAAAGCAGCGUGUCAGGAAAACCUGAAACUCAGACUCAGCUAAAGUGUAAGCAGCUAAAAGACACUAAAAGAGGGUCCCCCCGGGGAGAGUAUUUGAUUUUUAGCCAAGGUCUAAGGCUUUAAGCUAAUUCAUUUAGGGAUCUGAGUGCUGUUAGGGGUUGUGGAGCAGAGGGAAAGAAAGGGAGUCCAGCUGGGCCCUCCCAGUACAAAAAAGUUCAUUUUAAAUAAAUAUUCUAGCUUUUGCUUACUGCAGCGAUUUUUUUAAAAUGGUUUCUUUGGACAAGAGAGGAGACCUCCUGGAUACGUACAUUUCUUUGUCCUUGGUUUAAGUAAAGUGUGGUGUUUCCUAGGUCUGGUCGAAUGGCUCCAGAUCUGCUUGGACUCUAGUAACUGAAAAGAACCUCAACAAGUUGUUUGAUCUGAUCCAUGUUGUUCAGUAGUAUAAUUUAAUGCUUGAAUCAUGUACUAUAUAAAUCAUUGAAUGCUGAGAAUCGGUGGUAUUGUUGCCAUAAUGAUUCAUUAUGUAUUUAUAUUUUUUGUGUGGAGGUAUAUUUGUAUUAAACUUCAAUUCCACAGAGGCGAUGGAGCUAGAAAGGACCUGAGCAGCUAAUCUAACCCACUCUACUAUGUUAUGCAGGUUUUCAUAAAAAAAAAAAAAAAACCAGGGCCCAGAGGGGAAAAGUGGCCUGCCUUCUAAGACAUGUUACAAAACGGAUUCUAACCAAUGCUGUCCUUUUUAAUCCAGUGUCCUUUCUAUCGGUUGUAUUCUAGAUUGACCUGAAAAAGCUUUAAAAGACAAUCCCUCCCUUUGUGCCAGGAAUCAUUCUGAAUUCACAGAAUGAAGCUCCAGGGAUAGAAUUUGAGAAAGUCACAAAAUCUGAUGUGAAAAACUUGGAUUUGAAAGAGGAAAUGCAGAUUUCUGUUAUUUGGCUCUUUCCACUGUUUUGUAUUAAGCAUCAAGUCUGAGGGUCACUUAAAAGUCAUCAUAACCUUUGAGCUGGAGCUCUGUAGGCGUUGACACCUUAGCGUUGAGUUGAGCUCUGAGUCCCUGUAUUUUGUCUUUGUUUUUCCUUCGCUCCUUAUGGUGGUAACAGUUUCACUCUGGAACAAGGCUUGGUUGAAGGAAGAAACCUCAGCUGGCCUGGAGGUGAGAGAACUUCCAUACCUUUAAGUGUUUAAAGGGCUCCCUCUCACGAGCAAGGAGAACCAGUCUUGCUCCCCCAUGCUCCAGAGGCCAGAACUAGGACCAGUGGGAAAAUUUGCAAGAGAUUUACCAGCCCCGUUUACAUGCAAGGGAAGGUACCAUAGAGAGCGAAUGAGGAGAGGGUGAAUAAGUCUUGUCCAUCAAAAACAGUGCAUCAAUAAUACUUUUCAAAAGAGAAAAUGGCAGAAUGACUCUCCAUGUAAACAAAAACUCCCUAACCAUUAGAGCUGUCCUAAAGUAGAGAACUGGGGAUGUUUUAGGCACAGCUGGAUGGCCCACUCUGUCAAGGAUUCCUGAAUGAUCUGAGGUCCCUUCCGGUUCCUAAGAAUCUGUGAUUCCAGACUCACCGGUUUCCUUCUCUUGUCAUGUUAAACAACAUUUCUGUUCAGUUGUUCUAAAUGAUUUGGGUUAAUUUUUACUGCCUCUUGUUCUGUGUUUCUAGUGUUGGAAUUGUUUUGAAAUUCUGGAAUGAAAAUAAUGAAAGAUUUGAAUGGGAGGGAAAUCAACAACUGAUUAAGAGUAAGAUGCUUCAACAAAAGACCUUUGAUGAUUGUUACCUUGAGAUAAAUCACCUGCGACCUCUGUUACAAGCCAAGGAAUAUUAAUUUCCCAAUUCUUAAGUAUGGUGGACCUAAAUAAAAUUUGGAUUGCCUGCA